AUGCAGAGUGGACAGCUGACAACUGAGACCAUGGUACAGAGAGUGGCAAUCAUUGGAGCUGGCGUGAGUGGACUGGCCUCCAUUAAGUGCUGUCUGGACGAGGGAUUGGAGCCCACCUGCUUUGAGAGAAGCGAUGACAUCGGAGGGCUCUGGAAAUUCACAGAAAGUGCCGAGGAAGGCAGAGCCAGCAUUUACCGCUCCGUGUUCACCAACUCCUGCAAAGAAAUGAUGUGUUUCCCUGACUUCCCUUUCCCUGAUGAUUUUCCAAAUUACAUGCACAAUUCAAAGCUCCAAGAGUACAUCAGGAUGUAUGCCAAGCACUUUGCUCUUUUAAGAUAUAUAAAGUUCAAGACUAUGGUCAGCAGUAUAAAAAAACGCCCCGAUUUCCCUGUCACCGGACAGUGGGAUGUUAUUACAAAACAGGACGGGAAGGAAGAGUCAGCUGUAUUUGAUGCGGUUAUGGUUUGUUCGGGGCAUCAUGUGUAUCCAAAUUUCCCAGUUGAUUGCUUCCCUGGGUUAAAGACGUUUAAAGGUAGCUACUUCCACAGCCGGGAAUACAAGGAACCGGAAAAAUUCAAGGGGAAGAGAGUGCUUGUGAUUGGACUGGGAAACUCUGGUUCAGACAUUGCUGUGGAACUCAGUCACACGGCCUCACAGGUUUAUCUCAGCUCUAGAAGCGGCUCCUGGGUGAUGAGUCGCGUCUGGGACAAUGGCUACCCCUGGGAUAUGUUGACUGUGACUCGCUUUGAAACCUUUCUCAGGGAUACCCUUCCCACCUCCGUCAGCGACUGGCUGUACGUGAGGAGGAUGAACAAGUGGUUUAAGCAUGAGAACUAUGGCCUGAUGCCUUUGAACAGAACCAGCCGUAAAGAGCCAGUGUUCAAUGAUGAUCUCCCAAGCCGCAUCACAUGUGGAACAGUGGUGGUGAAACCCAAUGUGAAGGAAUUCACGGAAACCUCAGCUAUAUUUCAGGAUGGGACUGUGCAGGAAAACGUUGAUUUUGUCAUCUUUGCAACAGGCUACAGCUACUCCUACCCCUUCAUGGAAGACAACGCUAUCAUCAAAUGCAGAGACAACGAGGUCACUUUGUACAAGGGCAUCCUUCCUCCUCGACUCGAGAAGCCAACCAUGGCUGUCAUUGGCCUGGUCCAGUCGCUUGGUGCAAUUAUUCCAACAUCAGAUCUCCAAGCUCGCUGGGCUAUAAGGGUGUUUAAGGGGUUAUAUAAGCUUCCCCCAGUGAAUGACAUGAUGGAAGAUAUUGAUGAAAAAAUGGGGAAAAAGCUCAAAUGGUAUGGGCAGAGCAAUACCCUACAGACAGAUUAUAUUUCCUACAUGGAUGAACUCGCCUCUGCUAUUGGUGUGAAGCCCAAUUUUCCACUGCUGUUCCUGACGGAUCCAAGGCUGGCCCUGGAAGUGUACUUUGGCCCGUGCAGUCCAUACCAGUUUUGUCUGACGGGACCGGGGAAGUGGGAUGGAGCCAGAAAUGCCAUCCUGACCCAGUGGGACCGGACGCUGAAGGCUACGAGGACCCGAGUCGUACAUGAUUCUCAGAAACAUUUCCCCUUCUUGAAUUUGCUUAGAAUACUUGCCCUCCCUCUUCUCCUUCUUGCUGUUUUUCUGAUGUUUAACUAA